AUGGAUGGUGUGUGAUUUCAAAGGGAAAUUAAAUUUUUUCUCUUAGGAGAACAUGGAUGAGAUUAUGGAAGAUGGAAAUCUCGUUGAUCGGGUCAGGAUUCUAUUACAAAGAGACAUGCAAUAUUAUCAGGCAAUGCAGACAGUUCUUCGAGAGUCAUUGUGUACCAAAGUAAGUGGAGGAAAGCUUGACUUUCCACGUCUUGCAUCAUUUGCUGCAGUUAAGAUUGUCAAAUGGUGGGAAGCAGAAUUUCUGAUUGCAUUUAGAUACCCAUCAGGACUUUGUCUAGCUAAUGAAGACGAUUUAUCGGAAACAGCUGAUGAUCAAGUUGUGAAAAAGACCAAACCUUCAGAAUUUAUUCUACUUGUUGUGGAUACAUCUCAACAACUUAUUGAACAUUUGCAUACCCUUAUUCAAGAAUCUCUAGAUCAUGCUGACUUGACUGUUUUAACCGCAACACUUGGUGCUGCAGCAUUAGUGAGAAACUGUUUAUGGUGUUAUAAUAAAGAGUCUAAAAAUAAAAUUCCUGCACAAACAAGUGAUAAACUUCAUCAAUGUUACAAAUCAUACCAAGAAAUGGCUGAAGCUGUAGCAGAACGUCUCCUCGAUCUCCAUUGCAGAUUAAUUUCUCUUUAUAUUUUAAAUGAAGCUGACUCAUUAGAUUGGCAGAGUGAUAAGCCUUUUUUUGAGAAAGAAAGAUCAUCAUUUAUUAUACAAAUGUGGUGGUUAUAUAUGCAAGGAACAAAGGCCGAUUUGUGGAAUACUGUAUCACCUAAAAUGGCACAGAGAAUUUUCUCUGGUAUGCUUAAUGAAUCACUCACCAUUAUUGUUACUCGUUUUAUUCAUGGACGUUUGAGCUUAGUACGAUCUCAACAAUUUUGGGCAGAUGCAUUGAAUGUUCUCAGUUGCACUGCUUAUCUCUCUCUAGCAGCAUGCGUUGAUGGUGAAGAACUUAUUGGAUCAAGAACGAAUAAAUUGCCUAUCGCUAUAAGAGAUAUCCACACAAAAUGUAAUGAACUUCUUAUUUGUUUACUUCUUCGAGGAAUACCAUUAAGAAUUUUGUACCAAGUCUGCCGUAAUGGAUUUGAAAAUAUGGCAAUGCUCCAAAAACGCAAAGGUCCAGCAGCAUGGAUGAUGGUCAGUGCUCCAAAAUUAUUUGGUUCUCCAUCAUUAAAUAAUGAGGAAAAUUUACCGGAUGAUCAAAGAAUAAUUUUAGAAAUCAACGUUCUCAGAUCACAACCUCAAGCUAAUUGGACUCAAUUGUUGAAAGUUCUUUCAAUGAAUAAUUAUUCAGUCGCCAGAAUGCUAAUGUGCACAUUAAUACGUCAAUGUAAAGAUAUCAAAGAGGUUGUAAAUCCAACAAAGAAUAAAUCCAAAGACACGGAAGAAGAUUGCGGUGGAUUUUUGUGCACUGGUUGUCAAAAAAAUCUUGCUAAACUACCACCGUCUUUGUGUCUUUAUAGCCUUAUGUAUGUAUCGAUUAAUACAGCUAUGUGUCCGCUGAAUGUCGUCAUUCCUGCAUUGAAGCAAGACGCUAAUUGGUCUAGCUAUUUUGAUAGACAACAGGUAUGGAAUCAAUGCCGACCACCAUGGCUUAAUGCUUUACUCUUACCUUUCAAGGAUAUGAUGAUGCCUAUCGUUGAAACACUUUUGGAUGCUGUGAAGACAGGUGCAAGUAUCUACCAAGCAAUGUCUCUAACACUUGCUUGUUUUUCUGAACUUUUUAUCUGCACUCCAAUCAAUAUUCUACGAACACUAUCUUCUAUCAAUGACAAUAUCCCUAUUAAUUGUCAUCCAAUUGGUGGAUCAGUAGUUCUUCAAGUAUUUUGUGCUGCACUUUAUUCAGCUUUACUUGAAACUUCUGUCAUUAAUGAUACAUCAAAAAUGAUAGAUGAUCAGAAAAAUUCAAGAAAUAUUGCUGAGUCUUAUUCUUUUGAUCCACAAGACAAAUCUGCUGCAGCUAUAGCUCUUGGUGAAGCUCUUUGUAGUAUUGACGAAGAUAAUAAACAUACUGAUCACAUUCAAGCGCUAUUAAAACUUGUCGAUGAGUGGAUUAUAAGGAAUGAGGAAAAUUCAGCAGCAAAAGAACUGAAUGGAUACAACACAUGGAUCGAAACAUAUGUAGAUAAGUUAUUGUUUACAGAAAUUGGACGACGAUCUUUAAAAAUUACAUAUGAAUAUUUGAUUCGGGCUUCUGAUUGGAUUUUAAAUAAUCUUAUAAAUAAAUCAGAAACCAGUGAUAAGGAUUUCAUAAAUACUACAGAUGCUUACAUUCCCUCUAAACCGUUAACAUUUAUCAUGUUUCACAUUGACGAUGAUCCCUUUGAUCGAUGGUUAACAAACUUUGAUGAAGCAAGCUGGCAAAUGGUAUUGAACAUGCCUUUAUCUGCAACUCUUGAACAUUUGAAAACUCAAAUAAGCGCAAGACCUGAAUUUAAACAUCUUGAAGAAUUAUCUUUAGAUGAUAAAGAUAUUGCAAUUGCUGUUAAACGAUUGUGUUCAAUUCCACAGACUGUUAAAUUUGAAUAAUACAAUUAUUGUUACAAAAUAAGUUGGGAGGAAUGAAUAUAAAUAUUUAUUGGUAUGCACAAUAAUCACAAUAUUUGGCACAGCUUUGGUUAAAUUAUUCAAGUAUUGAUCAGUAAAUAAUAACAGAUAAUAAUUAUUGAUUUUUAUUUAAUAAAUGAUGAUAUAAGAAUGAAAAGAACGAGAAGAAUAAUUGUGUGAUGUAGGAACAAAAAUAGAUUAAUUAUAAGACAUCUCUUAGACUAAUUUAUAUUUUAUCUUACAGUUAAUGUAAGUAAAAUGAGAUUUUAUUAAUUAAUAAUUAUUUUAAUUUCUAAGAAAAGAUGAAAAUAAAUGCGCGAGAGAACUUG